CGCGGGUGGACGGCGCGAGUGGACGCGAGUGGGCGCGGGCCAGUGGCCCAGGUAGAUGGUGCGGAGUCCUGCCAUGCAGAUAGACUUGGCUCCUGGCAGAGAGGAGAUACUAGACAGAACCUCCCGCCCGACGCCACCACCCCAGAGAACGAAGCCCAUUUCAGGCUCCAGGGAACAGCCGUAGGGUGGGGGACACGAUGGUCUCAGUGACUAUGGCCACUUCCGAGUGGAUCCAGUUCUUCAAGGAAGCCGGUAUCCCCGCGGGCCCGGCCGUCAAUUACGCCGUCAUGUUUGUGGAUAACAGGAUCCAGAAGAGCAUGCUGCUGGACCUCAACAAGGAGAUCAUGAACGAGCUGGGCGUGACCGUGGUAGGCGACAUCAUUGCCAUCCUCAAGCACGCCAAGGUGGUGCAUCGCCAGGAUAUGUGCAAAGCUGCCACUGAGUCUGUGCCCUGCAGCCCCAGCCCCCUCCCGGGCGACGUCCGCAGGGGCGCCUCCAGCGCUGCUUCCCGGAUGAUUGCCAACAGCCUGACCCGUGACUCCCCGCCUGGCACGCCCUCCCGGCGGCCGGACACCAGUACCUCUAAGAUCUCUGUGACCGUGUCCAACAAGAUGGCAGCCAAGAGCAGCAAGGCUGCUGCAGCCCUGGCCCGCAGGGAGGAGGAGAGCCUGGUGGCGCCCCCCAAGCGGCGGCGGGUCACGGCCGAGAUGGAGGGGAAGUACGUCAUCAACAUGCCCAAGGGCACUACGCCACGCACCCGCAGGAUCCUGGCGCGGCAGCAGGCAGCCAAAGGGCCCCACAGGAUGUCUGUGUUUGACCGCCUGGGCGCUGAGACCAAGGCAGACACGACGACAGGGAGUAAGCCCACAGGAGUCUUCAGCCGCCUGGGGGCCACCUCCGAGAUGGACGAGGAAGUGGUUUGGGACAGUGACAAUGACAGCAGCAGCAGCUCUGUCUUGCAGUACGCUGGAGUCCUGAAGAAGCUAGACCAGGGCCCAGCCAGGGCUGCCCCGCAGCCAGCACUGACCGUCAAAGCGAAGGCCACAAGCUCGGCAGCCACCCGCAGUGCCCCGACAACGCUGCGGCGCCUGGCGUUCUCCUCCUGCCCCAGGCCUGAGAGGAAGCCCGAGUUCCUGUCCAAAGGGAGCAUCAUCCAGAGACUGGGCAAGACCACCCUCGCGCCCGAGGCCCAGGACAGCCAGGUCACGAGCACCAAGAGUAAGUCCUCAGCCGAGGCCACGGUCAGCAUGAAGAGGACUCUGGUGGGGCCCUGGGGCAGUGGCUCUGGCGAGGGCCUCGGGGCCCAGAUGGACCACGCCGGCAGCGUGAGCGUGUUCAAAAGACUGGGCCGCAGGACCUUCUAGCCCACGUGGGCGGGGUGCAGGCGGCAGGACCGCAGGGCUCCACCCUGGCCCCGCUCGGGGCUCCAUCAGGGCCUCCCCUUGCAGGAGGGUCGCUCAUGCUCUCUGCAGCUCCUGGACAGCACUGGGAGUGCCCCCCAUGUGCCCUCCACCCUCCCCAUUGGCCACAGCCUUGGCGGGACCCUCUUUCUACCUCUUCCCCAGCACCAAGCACCCUGCCCACCCCCGCCACAGCACCCCAUCUCAGCUCCUUGAAUCCCAGCUGCCCUGGCCCCCAAGAGGGGCUCCCCUGUUCUGUGCCCCCACUGCUGUAGCUCCCCCCUCUCCUGUCUACCCUUGUUCAUUUCUCUUCUGUUUUCUGUCCCUGUGGCAAGGCCCGACCGUGCGCUGCGUCCUGCCUGACCCUCCUGCACCUGUGUCCUCCCAGAGGCCCCGGCGACGGUGGCGCUGAGCCUGGAGAGAGCCUGGCUGCCCUCCGCUGCCGGCCACGGGCGCCUCCUGAGAGCCUGGGCCGGGCGCCUCUGCUUUCCCACCUUGGGCGUCUUGUGCUCUGAAGGUCCGUGCCAGGGUGGGGCGGGCAGGGGGCACCUGGAAGGGAAGUCUGCACUGAGCGCAGAUGGUGGUUGGUUUAAUAUAUUUUUGUGAGUUCCAAACUGUGUCCUGCCCC